AUCCCAUGAAGGUGCCUUUUUAUAUUUUGCAUUCGUCGCCAUUGCGAACUUUAGCAAAUAGUAACUAACUUCACAUUAUUGUUCGAUCAUCCAUCGUUCAUCUAUCAAGCGGUUAUAUAUUUCGUAGUUUUACUUUAUAUUUUCAAUGUUGUGCCAAUUAUUGUUGUAAUUAAGAGUUAACUAAUGGUUUAAAAUCACUUAGAUGGUAUGAAUGUAGUGAAACAAACAUUAUUGUUUGCAAACGCGCAUAUGCUUUGUUGUGAGAACCACCUUUAUCUGCUGUCAUUCUGAGCUAUAGUAACUAAAUUUUUGAUAAUGAAACAAGUUACCCGUUGAAUGUUAGGUCAUCAAGUGGACGACAGUGCGGCAGUGCAAGAGACUUGUAAUGUUUGUUAAUGUUUCGUGAUGAAAUUGGUGAUAAUAUUUGGAGCAGCAAUCGGGAGAAUGUGCGGUGGCGUUUAGCCUUAGUGGCAGAGGACGUCAGAAACAGUUGAGCAUGGAGACUGUGAAGGACGAGGAGCGAUUGAGGCGGCUCCACGCCCUGGAGGACCGCCUGUGUGAUCCGCGCUCUACUGGCAACGUGGAUUGCUUAUUGGACACUGUUACUGCCCUCAUCUCAGAUUGCGAUCACCCGGCCAUUCGGCGAAUGAAAAAUGUCGAGGCUUACACCAGCAGAUAUGAAGCAUUUGCUUCAGAAAUUGUUGAUCUACGAUUGAAAGCAGCUGAUUUUGACUUAAUCAAAGUGAUUGGUCGUGGUGCGUUUGGUGAAGUACAACUAGUCAGGCAUAAGUCCACUCGUCAAGUAUAUGCUAUGAAACUUCUCAGUAAAGUUGAGAUGAUCAAGAGAUCAGACUCUACAUUCUUUUGGGAAGAAAGACAUAUAAUGGCACAUGCAAAUUCAGAAUGGAUAUUGAAAUUGCACUUUGCAUUUCAAGAUCACAAGUAUCUUUACAUGGUAAUGGAUUAUAUGCCAGGGGGAGAUCUUGUAAGUCUCAUGUCUAAUUUUGAUAUACCAGAAAAAUGGGCAAAAUUCUACACUAUGGAAAUAGUCUUGGCUCUUGAUGUUAUUCAUGGAAUGGGCUUUGUGCACCGUGAUGUGAAACCAGACAAUAUGUUGAUUGAUAAGUAUGGUCAUUUAAAGUUGGCAGAUUUUGGCACAUGCAUGAGAAUGGGCCCUGAUGGCCUUGUGCGUGCUAGUAAUGCUGUAGGUACACCUGACUACAUCUCACCAGAAGUAUUGCAGUCACAAAAUGGUGAAGGUGCUUAUGGGCGUGAAUGUGAUUGGUGGGCAGUAGGAAUAUUUUUGUACGAAAUGUUAAUAGGUGAUCCUCCUUUUUAUGCUGACAGCUUAGUAGGAACUUAUGGUAAAAUUAUGGAUCAUAGGAACUCUUUGCAAUUUCCGGAUGAUGUAGAAAUAUCAAAAGAAGCAAAAUCACUCAUAAGAGGUCUUUUAACUGAUAGAACUAGAAGACUGGGUAAAGACAAUGUUGAUGAUAUCAAACAACAUCCAUUUUUUAUUAAUGAUCAAUGGAGUUUUGAAAAUCUUCGAGAUUCAGUGCCUCCAGUGGUACCAGAGUUGUCCAGUGACGAUGAUACAAGAAAUUUUGAUGACAUUGAAAAGUCAGAUGCAUUAGAUGAAUCUUUCCCAGUGCCAAAAGCUUUUGUUGGUAAUCAUUUACCAUUUGUAGGAUUUACUUAUAAUGGUGAUUAUCAGAUAUGUGGAGGAAGAAAUAAGCCUGUUGAUGUAGUGGACACAAUCUCUAACAAUCAUAUAAACAAUGUUGGAUCUGAGGCAAUACUCCAGUUAGAAAAGUUGUUAGAAAGGGAACGAGACAGUCGCCGUAAACUUGAAGAUAGACAAGUAAUUUUAUGCACCCAACUGGAAGAUUUAUCACAAAGAGAUUCUAGAAGUAAAAAAAUUAUUGCUGAUACUGACAAAGAGUUAGCAUUACUUAAACAUGACCUAAAAGAAAUACAACGAAAAGCUGAAGUUGAGGCAGAAUCAAGAAGGAAAGCUGAGAUAAACUAUCAUGAUGCAAAGCGACGUUUUGAAGAAGAGCAAAAUAGGAGAGCAAAAGAAAUGAGUAACUUACAAAUUUAUAAUGAUAAGAUAAAUAUUUUGGAAAAGCAACUAAAUGAGAUGCGUGAUAAAUUGAAACAAGAGUCGGAGGCGGCAGCUAAGUCAAGAAAACAAGCAGCAGAAUUGAGUGCAGCCCAAGCAGCAGCUGCUGCCGUUAGUGAUGGCACAAUGGCAAGCUUGCGGGCACAGAGAGAUGCCUUAGAGAGAGAAUGCGGUAUGCUAUCUGAGGAAUUAGGAACAGUGAAAGCUGCAAAACAAAGAUCCGAAGCAGCUUUAACUGAAACAACUGCCAGACUUAACUCGUCACAUGUGGAAUUGGAAAGAUCUUCAUCGAGAUUACUUCAAGUUGCUGCUGAUAACAGACAGUUAACUGAACGCGUAUCUUCACUGGAAAAAGAAUGUGCCUCAUUAUCACAUGAGCUUCGAGCUGCACAGCAUCUUUACCAACAAGAACUGCGAGCACAUCAGGACACACAGAGGUCGCAAUUGCUAUCUAAGCAAGAAGCCAAUUUGGAGCUAGUCAAGACUCUGCAAGGUAAAUUGAAUGAAGAGAAGGUAGCUCGCCAGCGCUCUGAGGCCGCAUGCCAGGAGAAGGACCGUCAAAUGUCGAUGCUCAGCGUAGACUAUAGACAGAUGCAACAGAGACUGCAAAAGUUGGAGGGUGAACACCGCCAGGAAAGUGAAAAGGUGGUCGGUCUCGCGGCGGCCUUAGAGCAGGAGCGAUCCGCCCGCUUGGCGGCGAGCAGCGAUGUGGCGGCGGCUGAGGCAUCUGCCCGAGCCGCCGCCGCGGAGAGAGACGCCCGUGCGAGAGACUUGCAUGCGGUGCGUUCCGCAUUGCACGACGCCUCAGAGAAACUGGCCGCCGCCUCCGCAGAGCGAGACAUGCACGUGGCGAGGAGCGAAGAGCUUCGGUCCCAAUUGGAGAGCGAGCAGCACUACUGCUUGAUGUACCGGACACAAGCGAGCGAGUUGCGCGCGCAGGCAGAUGAAAGCUCUCGCGCUGCGCGGGACUUAGAGCAAGAACGGGCCAGUCUGAUGCACCAGCUGCAGUUGGCCAUCGCACGCGCCGACUCUGAGGCCAUCGCUAGGUCGAUAGCGGAAGAAACUGUCGGCGAACUAGAGAAAGAGAAGACUAUGAAGGAGUUGGAAAUGCGAGACGCGCUCGCUCAACACCGCGGUGAGCUGGCAGCACGCGAUUCCUUGGUACAGGGUCUAAGGGACCGCGACCACGAGAACCGAGCCACCAUAGAUUUGCAAAGAAAGGAGGUAGACGAAUUGAGACGCAGCGGAACUGCAUUAGCAGAACGCGUGGCGACUCUCCAGCACUUCCAGGAAGAAGUGGACCGGCUCAACAAGAAGCUCAAAUCUGAGAUCAUGCUCAAACAGCAGGCCGUCAACAAACUGGCUGAGAUCAUGAAUAGGAAAGACAUGAACCCCGCGACUACGAAGAACAAGAGCAAGAUGUCCGUACGCAAAGACAAGGACUAUCGAAAGCUUCAACAAGAGUUGACUCGAGAAAAGGAAAAAUUCGACCAGCACAUAUCGAAGCUGCAGCGCGAUUUGCAAGAUUCACAGCAACAACUAGUGGAAGAACAGCAGACCAGGCAGCGAUUAGCUAUGGAGGUGGACAGCAAGGACGCGGAAAUCGAGCAGCUAAAAGAAAAACUAGCCGCUUUAACGAGCGAGACCGCAUCGCAAUCGUCCGCCGAUGCCGAAGACGGGGAGACGGAACAAACGCUCGAAGGCUGGCUGUCUGUGCCCUUCAAGCAGAAUAUACGGCGCCACGGAUGGAGGAAACAAUAUGUGGUGGUUUCUUCAAAGAAGAUCAUCUUCUACAACACAGAGAACGAUAAACAAAACACCACGGACCCCAUCAUGAUACUCGAUUUGAGCAAAGUGUUUCACGUGCGCUCAGUGACGCAAGGCGACGUGAUACGCGCAGACGCGAAGGACAUCCCCCGCAUAUUCCAGCUUCUAUACGCGGGCGAGGGCGAGGCCAGACGGCCCGGCGACGCGGCCGACCAACCGCCCGACGCGCAGGACCACGCCGGCAACACAGUCCAACACAAGGGUCACGACUUAGUGAACAUAACGUACCACAUCCCGACCGCGUGCGAGGUUUGCACGCGCCCCCUGUGGCAUAUGUUCCGUCCGCCGCAAGCCUACGAGUGUAGACGCUGUCGUAUGAAAAUCCACGUUGAACACAUAAACGAGGGCGAAGGUGUGGCCGCUUGCAAACUUCACGCGAACAGAGCUCGGGAACUGUUACUCUUAGCACCCGGCGCUCCAGAACAACGGCGCUGGGUCGCGAGGCUAGCCAGACGGGUGCAGAGAUACGGGUACCGCGCCGCCCAUCAUACCAACCAUGACCACACCAAGCUGUCUCCCAGGGACUCGAUGCGAUCGAACCUGAAAGCAGCGUAUAUGAACGCGACGCAGCGCAGCUCCACUCUGCCCGCCAACUCUUCUCUGCCGCGCCAGUGACGCGACUCUGGCCCUUACGCCCCGGUAAAUGAGUCUGGAAUUGAUUAACACUAAUGGUAGUCUAGCUACUUCGUACUAACACUAUCGUCUUUGAUUUUACCCUAAUAGAAGUUUCGGAAGUAUUUGCGCAUUUUGACCUAUAUAAUGUUAAUCGAGUUUGUUUGUUAAAAUUGAUUCUGAUUGAUUUACUAUUUAAAUUAGCUAGUCUCUUUUUAAAUGUUAGGUGUUUAUCUAAAUUUUUAAUUUACAUGACUUCAGCUUGUUUGCUGUGAUAGUUAUUGCGAGUGUAUAGAUUAUUAUUAUGUACUUAUUACUAUAGAAACUCAGGCGAGUGGUAUACCGAGAACGAAUAAAAUUGGAUUCUUAUUCAAAACGAAAGGAAAAUAUAUUUGAAAAGAUAUGACCGUUUUCCAAAUUUAUGAAAAUGGUUUAUUAUUAUAAGAAACAAUUAUACUUCGGCCGAAUACGAAUUAAUGCUGUAUGUGAUAUUAAUAAACCCCAUACUGACAUGAAAUUAUAAUACAGUAAAUGAAUUAUGAAAUCGAAACGUGAAAAAUGAAAACAUGACCUUAACUUUGUCAUUUUCUUAACCGUUACCAAUUAAGGAAUAUUUCGAGUAACAAGAAUUUAAUUAAAGUUAGACAUGAGCGGCGUAAUAUAUCCUAUAGAGGUGUCCGUUCAUUGUCAUUGCGCGUGCGCCAGUCGGGUAAUACGUUUCAUGUCAAGCAACUCAGUGUGCGCGACAUGAUUUAAAAUAAAUUGAAUCGAAUCUUGUAUAUAUUAGUUACAUUAAUUAUGUUGAUAUUACGUUUUUUAUUCGCUAUUGUUAUUUUAUUGAAUAAUACGCGCGUGUCGAAGACGCAAUUUGUUUUGUCACUCGCGAUUAUAAUGCUUUUGGGUUGAGUUGAGUGCGAACGGCUAAGGAUGUGCUAAAACAAGCUUCUUUCAUGCGCUACUGUUAGUUUGUCGAUGUGUUCACACGUUUAAUGUAUACGCUGUGAUACAGGUUUGGGUUUAUGUUAAAAAGUUGAAAGCUCACAUAAUAUCAUCAUUGAUUAAAAAGUCGAUGAUUAAUAGUCAUUUAUAAGGCAAGUUCGCAUAGACCGAGCAGGGUGCCUCUAGUUUUGUGUCUGGUUUAGAAUAAAUGCAUGUGCAAAAAUUAAAUCGUAUUUUUAAAGUGAAGAAUUUUAAACGAUUUCAAUGUUUCUGACACCUAGUCCGACAGGAAACUGCUUUGUGUUUAAUAAUGUUACAUAUCGUGUCUCCUCAGUCUGUGUGAACUCGGCCUAAGAAUCCACGUAGAAUUGAGCUUCUUCACUUUUGACUUUUGUAAUAAUUGUAUUACCUUCAUUCAUAACACCAGACGUUGCCUCAAACCUUACCAUCAAUCAUAAUCCAUCAUUUAUUUCCACAAUGUAGGUUUUGAUCGCUACAAAUGAACGUCAUUGUGUGACAACGCUAUAGAUGAUCAUAAUUUAGUUAUUUACAUGCAAGUACUUACGAAUUAUGACUGCCUCUUUGUCAUACUUAAGAUAUUGAAUAAACAACUUGUAUUGUGUUAAACUGGGUUUAGCUUAUAAAUAAUAAUGAAUUAUUUGUUAAAUACACGCAGACGAGAAUAUAAAAUGACACUUACAGAAUUUCUCAAGUUUAUGGCGUAUUACACGGGCGCUUUGCUGGUCGGUUUUGUCCUUUGGCCUAACCAUAUACAAAAUCGCCUGGCUGGUGUUGCCUAAUGAUUAGUCGAAUAGCUAUUACUUAUUCGAUGUAAAUAUGCCAUUAUUUUCUGUUAAACGCAAGAUAAUGAGAGAGACAUAAAUAAGGACGGAAGAUUAAAUAAACUAAUUCAAUCUCCUUUAAAUAUUUGUUUACUAAUUUACAAAUUAUAACACUUUUUAGUUGACAUUUUCGAUAUUUGUAGUCCAUUUGUACUUUUUGACUGACACAGUGUUCGUAAUAGAUUUUUGUUUUAUAAUGUCCUACUUAUGAAAUCGUAGUAAAAUUUACAAUUAUGUAGAUCUUCCUAGAUUUAAGUAAAGUGAGUUAUGCUAUCUCUUUUGCAAAUUAACGAAGAACAGUGCCAUAAUUGUUUAUAUAGAUAAUCGUCUCCUGUAGUUGCUCAAACGUUAAAAUCAUUAACUGCGUCUUAUGUAAAUGAUAGACUCAAAUGGGCUUCCCUGAAUUUUGCAUACAAAUUAAAAAUUAAUGUUCAGUAGUGAAAAACAUUCAAUUAUGAAGUUUAGAAUUUAUACAGUUACCUAUUAAUAUCGUAAUGCAUUGUUUGUCGUUGAUUUUGGAUAAUUGAGAUCACUGACCACUUUUGAAUAGGGUAUUUGACAAGUUUUAGAAAACCACCUCUCGUUAAUUACUAAUUUUUAUGGAGUCCAUAAAAAGUGGAUAAUCAUCAUUCUUUUGUUAUAUAUAAAAUUCAGUAAAAAAAUCAAAAUGAAAAAUUCCUAUUUCAAGUUGCCGCGAAAACGUUUCUCUGGACAGUAUGGCAUCUCACUAGUAUGUGACGUAACACGACUGUCAUUAAAACUUCAAACGAUACAAUGUAAUGUCACUUUGACCCGAAGUUUACUAGCAUGUGACGUCAUUUUAGGCUUCGCCAAUCUGAGGCGUUUUCGUUCCAUAGAACAGUGACCAUAGAACAAAAAAAAAACGUUCCUAUUUAAUGAUUUUUUUAGUAAAUUUAUUAAUACUUUGUUCCCCCAGAAUAGAAAAAUCGUUGCUAAUAUUCAUAUAAAAUACAAAUGCCAACAAUUGGUACUUUAUUUUUCAUACUGUCAAAUAGCCUAUUAAAAGACGAGGAUACUCGCCACGAAGCAUGUGAUAAAUAUGAAAAGCAAUAAAUAAACAAAGGUUUUGUGCUCUCUGGUAGCUUGUGUGAUAAAGUUAUUGUAGUAGAAACCCCGUUUAAUGUUAUGGUGCCAAAUCUGCUUUUGUUGAUUUAAACUCAAAUUGAUUUGUAAUCAAUAAAAUACCUUAUGAUUUUAAUACUUAAAUAUCAUAUAUGAUUGCCAUUUGACAUUUAAGCUUCACGGUUGUGGAAAUUGGUCACCAUUUUAGGAGAGCUUAACUUGUAAUUAUGUCGAUUGUCUCGUUAUUGUUAAAUGUAUACUGAACAUGUGAUAUUGAAAAUACCAAUUUUCACUAGCACGUUUUGUUGCUUGAAGGUAAGCAAGAUACGGCCUAACGUUAUUAUGCUUACCCAGAAAGUGCCUAUACACUCUAGCCUCUAGUAAUGUACAAUAAGACGUUUUAGUUGUGAUUUUAAAGUACAAAAAAUGUGUUGUAAGCUAGUACCGUUUCACAACAUCCCACUUUUGAUGCCUAUUAUUCGAUUAUAGGUUAAAUAAAAUUACCACUAUUUUUUCAAUGAUUGUAUGCCGCUUAUAAAUUAUUUUACUUGGCUGUUAAUUAUUUUUAUUCGUUGACGUUGCUGGAAAGAGGCAUAUAGUAAUAAUAAAAGGAAUAGAAGGAGCACUCGUAGCUCAAACGAAGACAUAAUCUAAAGAAUUGCAGUUCUGACACUUGGUGAAUUCGAAUAUCUAUUUUUGUAUUAUCAAUGGCGUUUAGUUGUCAGUAAAAAGGUUAAAUGCUUGGCGGGUAAGGAUCGCUGGUAGUAUUGAGUUUGUGGGCGUGAGGUACGCGACCGUUCAUAUGAGGGAGUGCGGGAUGAGGUUAGCUGUGAUAAUAGACGUGUUUCUACACCCGUGGUGCUAGAGGGAAGCCGGCCUCCGAGGAUUUGUUAUUAGUGGUUCUUGUUAUAUCAUAUACAUACGCUGUUUAUAAUUGCUCCACGACACUUUACAUUCCUACAAUAAAAGCUAUGUUGAUUUUGUUUACGUUAGUUUUAUGUUGACUCUGGUUCAGCUUGUGCAGUUGUCGCUUGAAUUAUUUCCUUUUUAGAUUUAAGCACCGGCCAAUCUCUUAUUUCUGUUCGUGUACUGACAAAAGAAUAUCAAAUGUACGUACUUAAGUGUUUGCGAUUCAUCGUAGCUUUAUGCUUAUUUUUUGAGAUGCAUUUUUUAAAUUAUAUUUUAUUAGGGCAGCUAUUGCAUUGUUCGUGUUAUUUCAUUCCAUAUUGUAUCAUAUUAUGACUUUUUAUUAUAUUGUUCAAAAAUGGUUGUUUGCCAAAGAAAAAAAAGAACAUCAAACUUAACAAAAUAUCCGCAGUUUACUUCGAUUUAUUAUAGUACACAAUGUCAUUUAUUUUUCAUUAAUAAUAUUCAAUGUAAUAAUGUUGUUAUAUACUAUGCAUAAUGAUUAUAAAGCUGAUUUUACAAUACGACAUUUUCGCGGAGUAUUUUUAUAACGGCGCUCUCAUACAGACGCCCACAGAAAUACUCCCAAAUUGUCUUAUAAUAUAAAUAUUGGACAAUGUAAAAUCAUGAUUAUGUAAAUUUAUUUAUUAUUAAAAUUCAUCUUUUAUUAUGAUCGUUUUUAUUUAUCACGCUAAAAUUGUAAGUUCCUAACUAGCUAGCUUUUCAUUAGCAAAGACGAAAUUUCUCAAUAAAAUUCGUUUCAUUCAUUUGAAAUUAACGACUAUAUAUUCUAUAGGGCGUGUACUCUAUUAGCUAUUAUCAUUGAAUCUAUUUUUUUUCGUACAUGGUUUGGGUUGGAAUCUUUGAUGUUAGUUCUGUGCGUGAUUAUUGUGUGUCAUGCAAUACGUUAUAUUAAUACCAUGUGCCUUAACUACGGCCCACUCCCAUAUCACCUAGGCAUAUAUGAUAUGUAUCAAUAGUUAUUAUAAUGUACAUAUGUUUCGAAAUAACUAAUAUUUUAUGGAUUUUUUAAGGAAUUUGUAUAUUGUAAAGAUUAUUAAUUUUAUCAUAAAAUUAAUGCCUAAUGUAUAAGUGCUAAAUUUGUGAAAAAUA